AUGACUGUCAUCCCAAAAGCCAACGCCCACGCCAAUAAGCAGGCCGUAACGGUCGAGUCGUUUCUCGAAUUUGUCAAAAGCAAUUCCCCUUUUUACAAAGAUUUCUGGAACAACGCCCUUGAAGCCUUGGCUUCAGGAAAUAGACUCGAGUCUUACCCCUUGACAGACCACGCUGCGUACUGGCAGGCAAACACAUGCUUGAACAGCAGUGUGGUCACUUCUGAGCAACAAGAUGGCAUUAUUUUCAAAACAGGAGGCACAACAGCCAAGCCCAAAGUCUCAUUCUACAGCCAUGUCGAACUUGAGGGAGUCUCCAAGGCACUGGCAACAAGCUUGAUUCGGUGCGGAGUGCGCCAAGGGGACAAGGUUAUCAACCUCUUUUACGCUGGAGACAUGUAUGGCUCAUUCUUGCUGCACAUUCUGUCCGUGUUCUACCUGCCGAUCAACGAACGCGUGGGUGCGGUGCAGCUACCUGUUGCGGGCCACGUCUCCACCGAGAGUAUGGUCACGCACAUUCUGGAGUUCGAGGGCACGGUCGUGCUGUCGACGGUCACCACGAUGGUCAAGAUGGCUGAGCUGCUCAUCGGCGUGGGCUGGCACGGCAAGAACACGGCUGAGAGCGUGAGGCUUUUGCUGUUCUCUGGUGAGGCGCUGUAUAAUGACCAAGUUGGCAUCAUCAAGAGGGCGUUUCCAAAUGCCGAGCUGCGUAGUUUGGUAUACGGCACCAUGGACUGCGGCGUGAUUGGGCUGCCUCCUCAGCCAGAAGCCAAGGAGCUGUUCCCAGUUGCAGACGGCCUGAAGGAUCCGAGGCUACAUCAGGUCAACCGUCCAGGGAUGAUUGUCGAGAUUGUCACGGAGAAUGGAACAGUAACGACUUCGUCGGGCACACCGGGUAGUCUCGUAGUGACGAACCUAGAGAGAAGAUUAAUGCCUGUUGUCAGAUACCCCUCCGGAGACAGGGCGGAAUGGAUCGACUUUGAGGCUGGGCUCUUUAGGGUUUUGGGACGUGACCAGACUGCGAUACGGCUUGGUCCCGUGUCCAUCGACUUUACGCACCUUCGUGAAGCUGUCUCGUCUGCGCUAGGCCCUGACCGUCACGUUUCUGGAAUACAGGCAGUAGUCGGCAGGCAAGACGCCAAAGACCUCCUGACAGUUCUGAUUGCCUUCCAGCCAGUGUCUGAAGCGGAGGAAGCUAAGCUACAGCUGAGAGUGGCGGAGGAGCUGGGCAAAGCGAGGCCGAUGUUCAAGGGCCAUGUUGAUGUCGGCUUGGUCAACCCUUUGAGGGUCUCGUUCGUGAGGACACAGGAGUUGACCGUCAACGAGAGAAGUGGGAAAGGGCUCGACUGGAAAGACGCAAUUUCAGCCCGUGCCUCCUUCGCGGCCUAUCUGUCCAUUCCCGCACACUCGUCCAAACGGUCCCGACGUCUGACGCCUCCCGCCCAAGUGCCUACUGGCAAGGAAAAGUGGAUUUUCGAAGACUUCCUUGAACCUCGAUACAAACUUGCUUUGAAGUCUACCAGCUCAACGAUCGACUUCAUCACGAAUUCUGCGAGCCUACACACCCAGCCUUCCCUUCAACCUUCUCACUUCGCCGUCCUCAAAACAUCGCCAUCAGCAACCAAACCAAAGCCAGCACGACACUCGCGACACUUUUUCAAGUCAUUCAAGUGUCUUUGUGGCAAAGUGCCAGAAGUCACCAUGGCUAAGCACCUUCGACUAUCGGUCGAGUCCGACAUUACGGAGGAGGAUUACGCCAUUGGAAUUGCCUCAACUACUUGUCUACUGGAGGCUCAGAUUGAAGUAGCUAGGGAGGCAGUUACUCGCCAGCUUCGCCAACUUCACCAGGUCGACGGUGGCUACUGUCUUGACUGUGCCGACGGUGACGACGGCGACCGAGUCUUCCAUCUUUUCCCCGAGCUGCCAGGCGAGCUCAAGCAGAUGGUCUGGAAGCAGGCCGUCAACUGUCUAUCUGUUCCGAAGCUCUACGAGUUCGACUUCGACCUUGCCUAUGACUCAAAAGCUGCCCCUAACGGACGUCCUGGCAAUGGCCUCAUUGCUUGUUUCAAGCCCAUUCGCACGAAUAGGGAGCUGAACGGUCAUGUUGCGUUGCUCAGCGCUUGUUGGGACUCUCGCAAGGCGUUUCUAGGCUCUGAAAACUAUGUCAUGGUCCCUCUGACCUACCUCUUCACCCCUGCCACCGAGACCGCGAAGAACAAUGUCAAGAGCACCAGCACCAUGACCAAGAGCCCGAAGAGCAUUGGCAAGGGCAGAAAGAUUGUCAUCGAGCUCAGCAAGCAACGAACUACCAAAGCCAGUCCGAAAUUUCGACACAUCCUGUUGCCCGUCAAUUUCGAGCAGUCGUGUUUCCUUAUCGACAAGAUCCCAAAUCGUUUGUCCUACAGGUCGUUUCACCCAUUGCCGCCCAACACCCCGAGCGCAUUCACCCAGGCAGCGGGACUGGAUUUCAUUCACUCAAUCAAGAAGCUUGCAUUUUCGGUACACAGCGAAGACUGGACGACACAAGUCCGCUUCGGCGACCUGUUCGCGAACACGCCUGACCACUACACGGAAAAACGCUUGCCCAUCACAUUGGGUGCCCUGGAGACGCUGUCCUACGUGAGCGCCAAGGCUGUGGAGCGACGAUGCUGCUUUGGCGAAUACCAUUUCUGGAACCAAUUUCCCAGCGUGGACGUGCGACAAUUCCAGCCGUCUCAGAAGUGGUACGUGCCAGACGUUUACCGGUUGCACAAGAGGCUUUUGGAAGAUUGGGAGAGGCACCACGAAGAAUUCAAGUGGGAGUGGGCACGAGAUCUUCAGCUGGAGUGUACUUGUCAGUCUGCACGCCUCUGA